ACACCCUCCAGUACAGUAGGUGGCGCUCUGCACCUGUAACGUUGGUUGCCACCCGCCACAAAGAAAAAAAGGAGGAAGAAGAAAGCGUUAGUGUUUUGUCGGCCCAUUUUUCUGUCCGGUAGUCGACGUCCACCGCCGGGCCGCCAUGGGUCGCAGCCGGGAGCUGAGCGACUUACAGCGGGGCAUCGUGGUCGGCUGCCACAUGUGUAAGAAGUCCCUGCGGGAGAUAGCGAACCUCUUAAACCUGCCGCGCUCCACCGUCAGCAACGUGGUCCUACAAUGGAAGCGAGAGGGCAGGACGUGCCCGCUGCCCCGCUGCGGCCGCCCGCACAAACUUAAGGAGGAGCACCGGCAGGUCCUGGAGAGCCUGGCGCAGGAGCAGACCUUCCCUUCCCUGCAGGCUCUCACCUCCGAGUUCCAGCGAGCGUCGGGGGCCAAAGUCAGCUCGGCCACGGUGAGCAGGGAGCUGCGAGAGAUGGGACUCCGCCGGCGGGGGUCCACCGACGGCAAGGCCAGAGAAAGAAAGAAGGCAAAGAAGGCACAGCUGCCCUCCGGUCCGGACAACGCUGCGGACGGUCCGAACAAAGCGGAGGUCUCCCGCCUGGACCUGAGGGUGGGAUGCAUAAUCCGAACCAUGCAGCUUCCCGAAACGGACAAUCUGUACUUGCGGCACGUGGACGUGGGAGAGGCCCAUCCCAGGACGGUGGUCAGCGAGUGUGUGCCUGUUAACCAGUUGCAGAACGGCAUGGCUGUCCUGCUGUGCAACUUGAAGCCGACGCAGGUCCGAGGCGUGGCGUCGCAGGCGGUGGUCAUCUGUGUCAGGUCGCCGGACAAGGUGGAGGUUCUCAGCCCUCCCAAUGGAGCUUUUCCCGGGGAUAGAGUCACCUUCCGGGGCCUUCUAGGUGAACCGGACAGAGAGCUGGACUCGGCCCAGGUGUGGGAUGAGGUUCAUGCAGACCUGCGCACGGACAGCCAGUGCGUGGCCACCUACAAGGGGGCGCCCCUGGAGGUGGCCGGUAAAGGUGCGUGUCGAGCCGAAACCCUCAGCGACUGUGAAAUCGUCCUAACUCACGGAGGCGCGGCUUGAAGGACUUUUUGUAUUUUACGAGGAAAAAAACCAACAACAUUCCCAACAGAAGGAGACUGUGGAAAACAUGUUUUUUUUACACGGUUUAACGUUGUCACACCAACAUGCCAGUAACUCCCAUCUUUACCAUUGUCAACGUGCCUACACUCAGGUGUGCAGGGGGCCACGCUGUGACGUCAUCGCAAUCGCCACCAGGAUAGACUCCGCUCCAUUACUUCCCAUAAUACCAACAAUUUAUACACCGUAUUUACCGGACUAUAGGGCGCACUGCAGAUGAAGGGGGAUAUUCUGGUCUUUUUUCAUGCAAACGGCACACCGGAUUAUAAUGCUCAUUAAAGGCCUACUGAAAUGAGAUUUUGUUAUUCAAACGGAGAUAGCAAGUCCAUUCUAUGUCAUACUUGAUCAUAUUGCCAUAUUUUUGCUGAAAAGAUUGAGUAGAGAACAUCCACGAUAAAGUUCGCAACUUUUGGUCGCUAAUUAAAAAAAAGCCUUGCCUGUACCGGAAGUAGCAGACCAUGUUGCGCGUGACGUCACGGGUUGUGGAGCUCCUCACAUCUGAACAUUGUUUACAAUCAUGGCCACCAGCAGCGAGAGCGAUUCGGACCGAGCAAGCGACUAUUUUCCCAUUAAUUUGAGAGAGGUUGACAGAUUCCUGGAUGAGGAAAUUGAGAGUGAAGGACUAGAAAAAAAAAAACGAGGGCAGUGGGAGCGAUUCAGAUGUUAUUAGACACAUUUACUGGGAUAAUUCUGGAAAAUCCCAUCCAUCCAUUUUCUACCGCUUAUUCCCUUUCGGGUUCGCGGGGGGCGCUGGCGCCUAUCUCAGCUACAAUCGGGCGGAAGGCGGGGUACACCCUGGACAAGUCGCCACCUCAUCGCAGGGCCAACGCAGAUAGACAGACAACAUUCACACUCACAUUCACACACUAGGGCCAAUUUAGUGUUGCCAAUCAACCUAUCCCCAGGUGCAUGUCUUUGGAAGUGGGAGGAAGCCGGAGUACCCGGAGGGAAGCCACGCAUUCACGGGGAGAACAUGCAAACUCCACACACAAAGAUCCCGAGCCUGGAUUUGAACCCAGGACUGCAGGACCUUCGUAUUGUGAGGCAGACGCACUAACCCCUCUGCCACCGUGAAGCCCUCUGGAAAAUCUCUUAUCUGCUUAUUGUGUUACUAGUGUUUUAGUGAGAUUAUAUGUUCGUACCUGAAAGUCGAAGGGGUGUGGUGACCGCCAGUGUCUCUGGGGAAGCCACAUUUCUCGACGAGGCGAAGCGAAGGGAGCUGUUGGGGCUGGGCUAAGAUCCCCCCCACUUCCUCUUACUCGUCGUCGUCAUGUCUCUUCUUCGUUCUUCUGCUUCGCUUUGGUUAUGUUUUUGGACAUUACUACUUGCCGUAGUUUUGAAGCAAUGCAUGAUGGGAAUCCGGAUGUUGUGUGCUAGUGUAUUAACGUGCUGGCUGGAGUAAACACACGCUGAGAAAUAGCUCCGUGCCUGCCUACUUUAUGGGUUAUAGCUAAACCUAUGGAUAACAGAGACAUAAAUAAUAGUCUCCUUUUCAGGUGAGAGAGGACGCUAAAGGCAGUGCCUUUAAGGCACGCCCCCAAAAUCGGGAGAAAUUUGGGAGAAUGGUUAUCCCGGGAGAUUUUCGGGAGGGGCACUGAAAUUAGGUAGUCUCCCUGGAAAAUCGGGAGGGUUGGCAAGUAUGGUCAUAUUGCAGUCUACAUGUAUCUCUUAUGUGUGACUGCCAUCUACUGGUCACAUUUAUUACACCAUCUACCAAAUAAAAUUGUUUCGAGGUCGGUAAGCACAACCAGAAUUAUUCCGUACAUUAGGUGCACUGUGAGAAAAUGAAAUAAUUUUAAUUGCGCCCUAUAGUCUGAAAAAUACUACACCUUUUGUUUUGCAUUAGGAAUGAGACAAUCCCAAAAUGCAUGGGUUGAAUAGAAAAUAUAUGUAUUUUAGUGCAUAUGCUCAAAGGUUAUAAGGUAAUAAACAAAUGUGUGUCUCCUGCAAAAUAGGCCACAAAUACGGAAGCAUUGUGCAGUCAAACAGGAAUUUGAAAAAUGACUGUCGGAUCCAUCUAAAGAGAUACCACAAACCUCGCAUUUUUGUUGGUUUUGAGCGGCGACGCAUUCAAUGCAGGCCCGAGCCCUGAUAAUCAAUCUGACACAGGUGUGCUCGCUGCACAAGAGACACCAGCCGAAAUGGUCUUCAACCGCUCAGUACCCCUAAGUAUCCAACCUUAGUUUUGAAAAUGAAGAAUAACAAAACGUUCAAGUGAAGCUGUUUUGUUUUUGUUUUAUCGAUUUGGGUUUGAGCGAACGGUUUGAUGCACACAUCGGCUUUGGGGUUUGUUGGUUUACCUUGACACAGCAUACACUCGCCCACUACAACCUGGCCAUCUUCAAGCAAAACAACAAGUACUGUAUUUCCUUGAAUUGCCGCAGGGCAUAUAGUAUGUGCCUGCCUUGAAUUACUGCCGGGUCAAACUCGCUUCCCAAUAUAAUUAGCACAUGCUUAGUAUUACCGCCGGGUCAAACUUGUGACGUCACAAGUGAGACUUCCCCUGUCAUCCAGCCAUCCAUCCAUCUUCUUCCGCUUAUCCGAGGUCGGAUCGCGGGGGCAACCGCCUAAGCAGGGAAACCCAGACUUCCCUCUCCCCAGCCACGUCGUCUAGCUCUUCCCGGGGGAUCCCGAGGCGUUCCAAGGCCAGCCGGGAGACAUAGUCUUCCCAACGUGUCCUGGGUAUUCCCCGUGGCCUCCUACCAGUUGGACGUGCCCUAAACACCUCCCUAGGUAGGCGUUCUGGUGGCAUCCUGACCAGAUGCCCGAACCACCUCAUCUGGCUCCUCUCGAUGUGAAGGAGCAGCGGCUUUACUUUGAUUUCCUCCCGGAUGGCAGAGCUUCUCACCCUAUCUCUAAGGGAGAGCCCCGCCACACGGCGGAGGAAACUAAUUUCGGCCGCUUGUACCCGUGAUCUUAUCCUUUCGGUCAUGACCCAAAGCUCAUGACCAUAGGUGAGGAUAGGAACGUAGAUCGACCGGUAAAUUGAGAGCUUUGCCUUCCGGCUCAGCUCCUUCUUCACCACAACGGAUCGGUACAACGUCCGCAUUACUGAAGACGCCGCACCGAUCCGCCUGUCGAUCUCACCAUCCACUCUUCCCUCACUCGUGAACAAGACUCCUAGGUACUUGAUCUCCUCCACUUGGGGCAGGGUCUCCUCCCCAACCCGGAGAUGGCAUUCCACCCUUUUCCGGGCGAGAACCAUGGACUCGGACUUGGAGGUGCUGAUUCUCAUUCCGGUCGCUUCACACUCUGCUGCGAACCGAUCCAGUGAGAGCUUAAGAUCCCGGUCAGAUGAAGCCAUCAGGACCACAUCAUCUGCAAAAAGCAGAGACCUAAUCCUGCGGUCACCAAACCGGAACCCCUCAACGCCUUGACUGCGCCUAGAAAUUCUGUCCAUAAAAGUUAUGAACAGAAUCGGUGACAAAGGACAGCCUUGGCGGAGUCCAACCCUCACUGGAAAUGUGUUCGACUUACUGCCGGCAAUGCGGACCAAGCUCUGGCACUGAUCGUACAGGGAACGGACCGCCACAAUAAGACAGUCCGAUACCCCAUACUCUCUGAGCACUCCCCACAGGACUUCCCGAGGGACACGGUCGAAUGCCUUCUCCAAGUCCACGAAGCGCAUGUAGACUGGUUGGGCAAACUCCCAUGCACCCUCAAGAACCCUGCGGAGAGUAUAGAGCUGGUCCACAGUUCCACGACCAGGACGAAAACCACACUGUUCCUCCUGAAUCCGAGGUUCGACUAUCCGGCGUAGCCUCCUCUCCAGUACACCUGAAUAAACCUUACCGGGAAGGCUGAGGAGUGUGAUCCCACGAUAGUUGGAACACACCCUCCGGUCCCCCUUCUUAAAGAGAGGAACCACCACCCCGGUCUGCCAAUCCAGAGGUACCGCCCCCGAUGUCCACGCGAUGCUGCAGAGUCUUGUCAACCAAGACAGCCCCACAGCAUCCAAAGCCUUAAGGAACUCCGGGCGGACCUCAUCCACCCCUGGGGCCUUGCCACCGAGGAGCUUUUUAACUACCUCAGCGACCUCAGCCCCAGAAAUAGGAGAGUCCACCACAGAUUCCCCAGGCACUGCUUCCUCAUAGGAAGACGUGUUGGUGGGAUUGAGGAGGUCUUCAAAGUAUUCCUUCCACCUAUCCACAACAUCUGCAGUCGAGGUCAGCAGAACACCAUCCGCACCAUACACGGUGUUGACAGUGCACUGCUUCCCCUUCCUGAGGCGGCGGACGGUGGUCCAGAAUCGCUUCGAAGCCGUCCGGAAGUCGUUUUCCAUGGCUUCCCCGAACUCCUCCCAUGUCCGAGUUUUUGCCUCAGCGACCGCUGAAGCUGCACACCGCUUGGCCUGUCGGUACCCGUCCACUGCCUCCGGAGUCCUAUGAGCCAAAAGGACCCGAUAGGACUCCUCCUUCAGCUUGACUGCAUCCCUCACCGCUGGUGUCCACCAAGGGGUUUUAGGAUUGCCGCCCCGACAAGCACCAACUACCUUGCGGCCACAGCUCCGAUCAGCCGCCUCGACAAUAGAGGUGCGGAACAUGGUCCACUCGGACUCAAUGUCCAGCACCUCCCUCGUGACAUGUUAAAAGUUCUUCCGGAGGUGGGAAUUGAAACUUUCUCUGACAGGAGACUCUGCCAGACGUUCCCAGCAGACCCUCACAAUGCGUUUGGGCCUCCCAGGUCUGUCCGGCACCCUCCCCCACCAUCGCAGCCAACUCACCACCAUGUGGUGAUCGGUAGAAAGCUCCGCCCCUCUCUUCACCCGAGUGUCCAAAACAUGAGGCCGCAAAUCCGAUGACACAACUACAAAGUCGAUCAUGGAACUGCGGCCUAGGGUGUCCUGGUGCCAAGUGCACAUAUGGACACCCUUAUGUUUGAACAUGGUGUUUGUUAUGGACAAACUGUGACGAGCACAAAAGUCCAAUAACAAAACACCACUCGGGUUCAGAUCCGGGCGGCCAUUCUUCCCAAUCACGCCUCUCCAGGUUUCACUGUCGUUGCCAACGUGAGCGUUGAAGUCCCCCAGUAGGACAAGGGAAUCACCCGGGGGAGCACUUUCCAGUACUCCCUCGAGUGCUCCCAAAAAGGGUGGGUACUCUGAACUGCUGUUUGGUGCAUAAGCACAAACAACAGUCAGGACCCGUCCCCCCACCCGAAGGCGGAGGGAGGCUACCCUUUCGUCCACCGGGUUAAACUCCAACGUGAAGGCUUUGAGCCGGGGGGCAACAAGAAUUGCCAGCCCAGCCCGUCGCCUCUCACUGCCGGCAACGCCAGAGUGGAAGAGGGUCCAGUCCCUCUCGAGAGAAGUGGUUACAGAGCCCUUGCUGUGCGUCGAAGUGAGUCCGACUAUAUCCAGCUGGAACUUCUCAACUUCGCGCACUAGCUCAGGCUCUUUCCCCCCCCAGUGAGGUGACGUUCCACGUCCCAAGAGCUAGCUUCUGUAGCCGAGGAUCGGACCACCAAGUGCCCUGCCUUCGGCUUCCGCCCAGCUCACAUUGCACCCGACCUCUAUGGCCCCUGCUAUGGGUGGUGAGCCCAUUGGAGGGGUGACCCACGUUGCCUCUUCAAGCUGUGCCCGGCCGGGCCCCAUGGGAACAGGCCCGGCCACCAGGCGCUCGCCAUCGUGCCCCACCUCCGGGCCUGUCUCCAGAGGGGGGCCCCGGUGACCCGCGUCCGGGCGAGGGAAAUCUGGGUCUAUGUUUUUUCUUCUUCAUAAAGGUCUUCGAACUGCUCUUUGUCUGAUCCCUCACCGAGAACCUGUUUGCCUUGGGAGACCCUACCAGGGGGCAUAAAGCCCCCGGACAACAUAGCUCCUACGAUCAUUGGGACACGCAAACUCCUCUACCACGAUAAGGUGGCAGCUCAGAGAGGAGACUUCCCCUGUCAUCAUUUUCAAAAUGGAGGAGGCUGAUUUUAAUACCGGUAAUUUGAAAUCUCAUAAAGGGAAGAAGAUUAAGAACUAUUCAGUAGGAUUUAAGUUCCAAGUUUACAUCACACUCAAAUUUUUACUGCAUACCUUUGGUAAGUGCUGGAGUGAGAAUAGGUUUUAAAAUAAUUAGCGCAUGCCUUUGGUAAGCGCAGGAAUGUGAAGAGGUUUUAAAUUAAUUAGCGCCCCGGCGGCAAUUCAAGGAAAUACAAUAAGUGAUAGCGAUGCGCCUUGAGAAUUCCUGUCCUUUUUUGGACUUAGAUUUGUUUGAAAGCUGAGAAAACAAUGACACUCGGUGUAAAAACGCACCAAUAUUUCACGUUAUCAAAAUCAGAAUAGUUUUCAUUGCCCUUGUUUGAGAACGGGUUGACAAACUAGGAAUUUUUCUUGGUGCAAUCGUGCAACAUAAAACAUAAUCCAGAAUAGGGAAUAAAAAGAGCUGUAACUGAGCUAUCAGAUCUUCUUAUUGUUCAUGUGCCUGAUGGCCGAGGGGAAAAAACUUCAGGUGGAGGGAGGUGUGGGUCUGGAUGGACCGUAGUCUCCUGCCUUAGGGGAGAGGGGAGAAUAGUUUGUGUCCAGGGUGAGAAUGGUCAGCUGUGAUCCGAGCCACACACCUUCUGGUCCUGGAGGGAUGGGAGUUUGCAGCCAAUCACCUUCUCAGCAAUACCAUGCUCUGCAGUCGAUGCUUAUCCUGGAAAUUAAAAUACUGUCAUCAAAAUUGACUGUAAAAUUACGACAAUUAACUAAUGACGAUACCCCUUAUUUCACCGUGAAAUGCGGUAAUCAUAGUCAAUAUCACUACAAAUGACUGUAGAUUCAAAGCCAUUUGAUCACGUUGCACACUCUUUGUCAGGUUCAAACACUGAUGACUAUUAAACAAGAAAAAAGGCAAAGAAUCAGAGACAGAAUUCAAUUUGGACUUAGAUCUGAGGAGAGACAUGGCCACUGUACUCUCUGUACAGUCCUUCACCACGCUCUGCCCAAAGAUUGUACUCCUCCUUCCUUCCCACAGCUGCUUCCUGAGGGAAGUGAGUCGUAAACACCGUUGCCUUCGGUUACCGAACAGUUCGAAGAGAGUUCGUCACGUUGUUCAAAGAGAGUCCCGUAAAAUAGUUCAAAAAGAGAGUCCCGUAAAAUAGUUCAAAAAGAGUUCUUCUGGAAGUUGGGUAGAUCCUGCCAUCUGUCAGCUUGGAAGUCCCAGUGUCUUCUUGUCAGGAACAAAAUGUAAUACAAAGUUGUUUUUUUUGAUAAUCUAGAAACAAUUAUUCUGACACUCUUGUACACUAAGUGGCGGUAUGUUAAACCCGAGAGAUUAAUGUGACGUUACAGCAUAUGACUGUCAUUUAAGUGUAAUCAACUGUGAGGUUGCAGCAUUUUGUAGCAACUUUGUUGUAAUUAAUUGUAAAAUUGCAGUAAAUAUACAUUUCAUAGUAUGUGAAAUGUAAAUUAUUAGCCAGUGAUUUGCUGUGAAUUUCCAAUGAAACUUGGGAGUGGGGAAAUCCGGUUCAAACAAAUAAUUUCCUAUUAAUGAGGUUUAAACAUAUUUAAUUCAUGUCUUAUUGCCCCCAGAAGCUUCCCAUCCAGGCGUAGUUUCAGGUUAUUUGUUGUCAUUUGAAAGUGCUGUUGUUGUGUACAGUCUGUAUUUAUUGAUACUGUAUGUAGCAUCAACUAGGAAGAUUUCAAAGAUCACAAACACACAGCUUUGUUAUUAUUAUUGCACACCAAAUAUUGUUAAUGUCUGCUUAUUUGCUCACUUUUUUAUAACAUUGCCUCCUAUUAUAUACCCGUAUAUGUACAUUGAUGAUGUUGCAUUGUAUAUUCCCAUUAAUUAAAAUGGAUACAAAGUG